AUGUCGUUCGUACCAGGAAAUGCACCAGCAUCACCCUUCUCAGUCUCGAGUUGUCUCCAAGAUCGAAUUGACCUUCUCCUGCCAUCCUGGGUGUGGGGUCUCCUCGAGCUGUUGCCAAAAAAAAAGAAGCUUUGUGACAGCCUGAUCCAGCGCCAACGUCGACCCAAACCCACCACCCACCACCAUCCAACGCACACCUACGAGCAGAAACACAGAGAAGAUGAAGAGCAGAAAGAGGGCAGACAUGAAACUGAGAUGACGUCUAUCGGAAUUACGCGAAUGCAGAGAUCGAAGCCCCAAGCAAGUCUAUCGGAAGGACCAGCAUAUACCCUAUCGAAGGUCAUUAGUAUAGGCACAUUCGCGUAUGAAAACAUCUCAUCAAGCUUCCAGAACGAUCGAGAGCUGCCGCUUAGGCUGUGCCGUAAAUCAAAGGCCAGUGUUCAGAAGAUCAACAUGCAACCACUAGAACGCGCAACCAGCCAAGAGCAGUCCGGGAGCAGUCGAUUGAUGGUUGGCUGCCAGGAAGACAGAACGAGAUGGCCGGAGCAAGACACUCAUUACAGAGGAACAGACGAGAUGUCAAAAGCACGCAGAACAGCCAACGCCUUUGAGGCUUCUGGAGCUCCCAUGGCUGGCCAAGCAUCAGGGGCUCGAGAGGGUCGCUGCGCAGGAAAAUGCGGAGACGACCAGGCCAAGUAUGGCUAG